AUGAACACGGAGCCAGUAGAGAUCCUUUUAUCGGCUGUUUGGGAUGCAUUCCUUCGGACGUUUCCCCACCGCAACAGCCUGACCAUAUUCAAUGAAGGCCACGGUCGCGAAGCCUGGUCUGACGAAAUUGACAUGUCGAGCACUGUUGGAUGGUUUACCACUUCUGAGCCCGAUCACAACAUGUUCCGAAUUGAGCUGGACUUCGCACCUGGCGUGGUAUCUGAGUGUGACGGUGAACUGCUGGCUGCAAAACUGACGGAGGCUAUCGUCGUUUUCUGCAAUGUCAUGGACAUGCCUUUGUUAUCUCCCGACCAGAUCAGAUAUCUGCGGACAACCACAUUGCUGCCCUCGGAGAAGCCUCUCAGUGCAAUCCCAACAAAUGAACAGUUGAUGGUUGCUAGCAUUAUCCCGACUGAAAUGGAAUGGGCGCUUGAGAGUGCGUGGAGUGACACUUUUAAUUGCCGCCUUAGUCCUGAGAUGAAAGCUGGCGAGACAAUUUUUGAUCUUGGUGGUGACUUGGUGAGCGCUAGUCUGAUAUCAGCUCACAUGGAGAGGCAAGGAUAUGUCCUUAGUGUUGAGGAUGUUUUGGGGAAUCCGACUUGGUUCUCACAACUGACGCUGUUGACGAAUCGCUCUCUUCGGGAUGUUGAUGUUUGA